GAACCAUUUACUUCACAAGAAAGCAGAGAGCAACCAGGAAGCUUGUGAAUAAGUUUGUAUCAUUUUUAUUUAAAGCAAAGAAGGAACAGACAUCAUUUCAUUGGUGUGAAAAUCAGUCUAUCAACUGUUUCCUCAACUCUGACCAGACUAAAUGCUGACAGGAAGAUCUCUGAAGCCUCAGAAAGAUUCAGCUUCUGGUGCCAAGACUAAGAACAAAAUCAGCUAACCAUGGCAGACCUGGAAGGAGCAAAUUCCUCAGGCACUGGGCAAAACAAAAUGUGUGAUUCAGUGGAAACAUCAUACCAUCCUUUCCUAAUACUAAUCUACUGUCUGCUGUUUCUGGUGGGCUUUAGCCUCAACAGCUUCACCUUGUGGUUUCACUGCCGUGGAGCUCAUGGACAAGCAUCCAAGAGCUGGAUGAUCUACCUGAAACAUCUGACAGCAGCUGACUUUCUGCUCUGCAUCAGCCUCCCGCUGCGCAUUAUUCAUUACGCCAGAAGCUCAUUCACCAUUCAUCUGCUCUACUGCAGCAUUGGAUCCCCACUCCUGUACCUCAACAUGUCUGCCAGCAUCCUGUUCAUGAGUUACAUUGCAGCUAACAGAUACAUGAAGAUAUUUUAUUCCUCGGGAACUCACUUCCUGAUGACUCCCAAAGCCAGCCACAUCAUCUCGAUAACCACCUGGGUUGUUCUACUGACCAUGAUAACACCUUACUCCAUCCUGAUGCUGAUCAACCGCACAUCUCAACCGCCUGAUCAUGGCACCUGUGGUCAUCUGUUCACAGAACUCAUAAGACCACUGUACAUAACAAGUCAUGCUGUUGCUUUCAUCAUCUUUCUGUCAGGACUCUUCUCUCUGGUUUUCUUCUACUACAGCACCUCCCGCAGGGUGCUGCAGGUCCAGCAGGCCCAACUGGCCUCCUCCAACUCCAAGAAGCUUAUGAAAUCUCGUAGGAACAUGUUGGUGUUGGUCAGUGUGUUCUGCUUUUGCUUUGUUCCUUAUCACAUUGUUCGAAUUCCAUACGUUAUACGUCAAGGACACUGUUCAGUAGUGUUGUACUACCUCAAAGAGGUGGGCGUCUUACUGUCAGUUUUUAAUAUCAUUCUGGAUCCUCUUAUUUAUGUUUUUCUUUGUAAGGAGUUCAGGGCUCAGCUUAACCUGAAACAAAUAUUCUGCAUAAGAGGCGACAGAAACACCUCCAGUUCGGAGGCAGGAGACGGUGAGAAUCAGAUGAACACCAUCAGUAGCAGUGUAGCGCCCCGGGCUCAGUGAGGACAGACUGAUAGACACAGGAAUCAUUGGUCCAGGUUGUUUCUGAUUAAACUUUUUUUAAACAGCUCAUACAAUAUUAGUAUGGUACUCAGCAUAGAUACAGAGAGGCUGGAAGAGUCAGAGGAUGACAUAAAGACGGACAUGCUUUGUUCACAUUCCACGUUGAUUAGUGCUUCAUUGUGAGCAAUGCCCUGAAAAAAUGGAUGAUGAUCAGCACUAAACUCCAGGUGCAUCAAAGACAAGUGUUACGUCAGGCCAUUUGAAUCAGUUUACACCAGCGUGGUCUGUUACGACCUGCUACGGUGAAUGGAAUAACAUCCUUAACCCAGUCACUGUGCCUCUGCACAAACAGCAGGUCUAAUUAAUUAUGAGGGAUGCUAAUGCUCAGACAAUGACUUGAGGGCACAUCAUGCUUCAGCAGACAAUAAGUUUACUUGUCAACAGCACAAGAUCUCAUUGUCAUGGCUAAGUUCACAUGAAACAGUAUUGAGACAUUUUCCGUUGUGGUGUACCAACCUCUGUUGUUGGUAUUUGUUUCAAUCUAUAGUUUCAGGUGAAGAAAUCACCAUUGCAUGCUUUGACUUAAGCGCCUUCUUUCACAACAUUAUAAGAUUGUUGCACAGUGUUUACACAUUUUCAAUAAAUUUCACCCAAAAGCCAAAUAUCCCUAACUUUCUGUGAAUUAGUCUAGUAGUUCAUGUGCAAAUUUGUCAUAUUAAGCAUAAGUGGAUGUAACUCCCACUGCUCUAUGGUGGCAAAGAGUCUCUAAUAAGAUGCUUAGUAUGAAUGGAAAAUGUCGCAGUGGGAUCAAAAGCUAUGCAAGAUCAGAAACCGUUUGAAGUGAUAUUGCGACAAUGGUCCACAGGGGGGCGCAUUCUACUUGUAAAAUAAGCUAAUCCUUCCUUAUAAUCUGAGUUUGCUCAUUUUAAUAACUAUGAAGUGUUUUUUCCUAUGAUGUAAAUUUGCAAUUGCUGUAAAGUUUAUUCUUAUUUUCAAGUUUUUACAUUAUUACUUUUGUUAA